UUUAUAUUUGUUUUGUUAUUAAUUUUUAUUUAAAAGUAUUCCAUUGUGUGAAUAAAUAGUAAUAGCAAUAAAUGAUGUGAUACUCAGUUUUAAAAAAAAUAACAUAGUCGCCUGACAUAAUAUUUGGAUUUAUAAUAGAAGUAUUCUGUAUAAGAUAUUAAACAGCUACACUAUAGUAUUAAAAAGUAUCUUAAAUCAUGCCCAGAAAGCCGUGCUACUGGACGCGCAGACUUGAAUUACAGUUAGUUGAAUUCGUCCGCCAAAAAGAAUUUAUUUGGAAGCCUAUCGGUAACACAAAUCAUCACAUUCAGCAGAAAUAUAAAGCCUAUGCUGAGUUCGCAUCAAUACUAGGGCCUGGGUUUACAGCUAGAUCGGUAAGGGAUCGUUGGGUGAACAUCAGAAGCACUUUCAAUCACAAUCUAAGAAAAGUUCUAAAGUCUCAGGAAACAGCAAAAUGUCCUGAAGAAGUGUACACUCCUUGCUGGCCACUAUGGAAGCCCCUUCAAUUUCUUAAAGACCCUUCUAAAAGUGAAGACAGCUUUUAUGAGGAAUAUUCAGCUAUUGAAAGCAGCUUAAAACCAGAACCAGAUUUAAGUGAAACAUUAAUUAGUAUACGCCAAAGAGGACAGCAUAUUGAUAGACCCAAAAAGAAAACUAAAAAGAAAUUCAAACAAUGUAAAGACAUACUGGACAACUUAUUAAUUGCAAUGGCUCCAUUAAAAACAUCAUCAGAGUGCUCUAGUUAUUGGUAUUUUGGGCGUCACGUCACAGAGCGUUUGAAUGCUAUGAGAUCAAUUGACGCUACAUGUGCAGGUCAAGAGAUUUUAAAACUCUUGGAAGCAAAUGAAAAUAGCCAAAUUAAUUCAUUAGGAAGCUGAAUACAUUAAUUCGAAAUAAUGUUGGAAAUAUCUUGAAAAACUGAAAAGCUGACUAGAUGUUCCUGCACUGACACAGAAGAGAGGGAGAUGAAAAAACAUUCAAAGACGUUAUAAAAAAAAUAAAAAUAAAUUUUACUUAAUACAUUUUUAUUAAAUAGAUAUCAUGUGUUUAUUGUUUGCCAUUAUGUCAUUGGUACAUUGAUUCAGAUUGGAUGCAAGCAAACAUUCAUCUUUACUUUUGAUACUUGUAUUUAUGCAUCUAUCGAUAUUCCUCUCCAACUUCUUUAUUAAUUUAUCUUCCUUUGCAUAAAACUUGGUGAUUAGGCCAAUAAGGUUAUCUGUUAAAAUCACAAUUGGAGAUACAAAUAUCAUUUAAUAAAA